AUGCCGAGAUUCAAAGACAGUCGAACAUGGGCAAAAUCAAAGGUGUUUCAGUCUUUAACAACCCUUUUCCUGGGAAUCUUAUCACAGAUGAAAGAUAUGGAGCGCGGAGACGCGUCAGCUAAUCCUUCAUUAGCAACACAGAAACAGAUCACAAUGGCUCCAUUCGGUCAAAAUUUGGUUCAUCUUCUACAUUCCACACUUUGUACCCCUGAAUCAAACGAUGUAUCAGAGAUGUGCGACUCGGCUGUGCAACGAAAAGUCCAAACAUCGGAUUUUCAAGGAAAUUACACCAUCAUGCUAAUGGACGCCCGUUUCUCAUCCGAAUACUCGCAGCUGCCGGAGCCAAACCCAUGGGACCUCGAUCAACUGCUCGAAGGAGAACAGCUUGCCAACAUCACUAGACUAACGUAUGAAAAAUACCAUGUAGAAACGAUUCAAGAUAUGGAACGAAAUCCCAAGUUUUCUAUCGAAACUAUGAACGUUUCUGAACUUGCUUAG